AUGGCACAAGUAUUCCAUCUGAAACAAGAAACCGAUGUAGAUUUUUCAGAAGCAAAGCUUGAAGCUGCUGUCGACAAGAUGUGUGCUGGCGAAAAAACAAAGGAGCACUGUAAUGUUGAAAGCCAACAAUCCGAGGAGCAAAACAACAUGAAAGUAGAUCAUGGGUUUUGCUUGCUUGGAGAGAUCAUAAAGAGAGGUCAUCAGCCUGAUGUUAUCACAUUAACUACACUGAUUAGAUGGUUGUGUCUUCAAGGAAAGGUUGAUUUCGCAUUCAAGGUGUUUGCUCAAAUGACUGAGACAGGGAUUCAACCUAAUGUGUUUACCUGUAAUACUCUUGUACAUGGGCUUUCUUCAACUAGUGAACUGGGUCUUGCUCUUCAGCUAAAAAGCAAAAUGCCAAAAUGGAAUUGCAGACCAGAUGUUUUUUCGUAUUGUGCAAUAAUUGAUGCACUUUGUAAAGGAGGUUUAAUUGAUGACGCUUUGGUUCUCUUCUCUAAAAUGCAUAGAGAUUUGGAAGUUAUUCCCAAUGUAGUUGUUUACAGUUCUUUGAUUGGCGGACUUUGUAAUUCAGGAUGGUUAAAUGAGGCAAAGAGACUCUUUGACGAGAUGAUCAGUAGAGGAAUCUCUGCAGACGUAACAGCAUAUACUUGUAUACAUGGUCAACAAAAAGAAGCAAGAAGAUAUUUUGAUGAAAUGAUUGACCAAGGGAUUUUACCCGAUACAAUAACCUUUAUAGUGCGUUUGGUUCAAGUUUUUGGAAGCCCGGGAAUACAAUUACAAGGUAAUCCAAUUCCUGGAAUUGGAUUCCUAAGAAUGAGAUUCCUGAUUCAAAUAUUAUUGUUUGGUUGA